UGCUCACAGCACAGCUGCGCGGUGCCAGCAGCAGAUCCUCAGCUCUCGGCCCCUCAGCCCCUGCCCAGGAUGAUCCCGGCAGUGCUCCUGCUCUUACUCCUUUUGGUUGAACAAGCAGCGGCCCUGGCAGAGCCUCAGCUCUGCUAUAUCCUGGAUGCCAUCCUGUUUCUCUACGGCAUUGUCCUCACCCUGCUCUACUGCCGACUCAAGCUGCAGGUGCGAAAGGCAGCUACCGCCAGUGAGAAAUCAGAUGGCAUUUACACGGGCCUGAGCACCCGGACCCAGGAGACUUAUGAGACCCUGAAGCAUGAGAAACCGCCACAGUAGCUUUAGAACAGACGCCCUUUGUCACUUCCUUCUAACAAUCUCCUCCCAGCCCUGUGGUUGGCAUCACAUAUGCCUCCCCACCAUUAAUGCCAGUUGACCCUACCCCUGUAAUGAUCCUCUGCCCCCCAUUAAUAAUCACCAGUGAUUUCUCCUCCUUGUCAAAGACCUCAGAUGCUCUUCAUUGAUGUUUAUAUUCUAGUCUCACCCCUUUAUGCCACCCUUCCCCUCUUCCCCAUCCUCAGGUCCUACUGAACAGUGGGAAGGGACUAACAUCAAUAAAGACACCAUA